AUGCUCUUCUGUCCAAAUUGUGCGAAUUUACUUGUGAUCUCUGCCGAGACGGGAUACAACAAGUGGGCGUGUAACACAUGCGCGUACGAAUUCCCGAUCACAAAGCAGAUGACCUCGAGAACGAAGCUGAAGCGGAAGGAGGUCGACGAUGUGCUCGGUGGCGACGAAAUGUGGAAACAUGCUGAUUCGACGAGUGCGACAUGCCCUAAGUGUGACCAUGGCCAGGCGUACUUCUACCAACUGCAGAUCAGGUCCGCAGAUGAACCAAUGACGACGUUCUAUCGGUGUGCCGCGUGCGCGCAUAAUUGGAGAGAAAACUAG